AUGUCUUCCCUCAAACAAUUCAUCCGGAAUGUCCGAUCAGCCAAAACCAUUGCCGAUGAGCGUGCAGUCAUUCAAAAAGAAAGCGCCGCCAUUCGAGCCUCAUUUCGAGAAGAGAGCCACGACUCCGGUAUUCGGAGGAACAAUGUCGCCAAGCUCCUGUAUCUUUUCACUCUUGGAGAGCGGACACACUUCGGCCAAAUCGAAUGUUUGAAACUACUCGCCUCACACCGAUUCGCCGACAAGCGAUUGGGCUACCUGGGCACUAUGCUGUUACUGGACGAGAAUCAAGAAGUGUUGACACUUGUGACCAACUCUUUGAAGAAUGAUCUCAACCACUCCAACCAAUAUAUCGUCGGUCUCGCCCUCUGCACCCUUGGAAACAUCGCCUCCGUUGAGAUGUCCCGUGAUCUGUUCCCCGAAGUCGAAAGUCUCAUGUCUACGGCCAACCCUUACAUUCGUCGCAAAGCGGCUAUUUGCGCCAUGCGCAUUUGUCGCAAGGUUCCAGACCUACACGAGCAUUUCCUUGAGAAAGCCAAGAAUCUUUUGUCGGACCGAAACCAUGGCGUUCUCCUUUGCGGGUUGACGCUGGCGAUCGAUCUAUGUGAGGCGGAAGAAGAAGAGGAAGAGGGAGGUCCGGAGGGCGUCAUCGAGAUGUUCCGCCCGCUGGCUGGAGGGCUGGUCCGCGCUUUGAAGGGGCUUACGACAUCCGGAUACGCCCCUGAGCAUGAUGUGUCCGGAAUCACAGACCCAUUCCUCCAGGUCAAGAUCCUUCGGUUCUUGCGUGUGCUGGGUCGCGGAGAUCUGGCCACCAGUGAAUUGAUCAACGAUAUUCUGGCCCAGGUGGCUACCAACACAGAUUCUUCCAAGAACGUGGGUAACUCUAUUCUAUACGAGGCUGUUCUCACGAUUCUGGAUAUCGAAGCCGACUCGGGAUUGAGGGUGCUGGGCGUCAACAUUCUCGGAAAGUUCUUGGCCAAUAAAGACAAUAACAUCCGUUACGUGGCGCUCAACACUCUCAACAAGGUGGUUGCGAUCGAACCGAAUGCAGUCCAGAGACACCGUAAUACGAUUUUGGAAUGUCUGCGGGAUCCUGAUAUCAGCAUUCGCCGGCGAGCGCUUGAUCUCAGCUUCAUGUUGAUCAAUGAAGGUAAUGUGCGAGUGCUAGUGCGGGAACUGCUAGCCUUCUUGGAGGUAGCCGAUAACGAAUUCAAGCCCGUGAUGACGACCCAAAUCGGCAUUGCGGCAGAUCGAUUUGCUCCCAACAAGCGCUGGCACAUGGAUACCAUUCUACGUGUUCUCAAGCUGGCUGGGAACUACGUCAAGGAACAGAUCCUCUCAUCUUUCGUCCGUCUCAUCGCCACCUCCCCUGAUCUGCAGACCUACGCAGUGCAAAAGCUCUAUUCAUCAUUGAAGGAAGAUAUCUCACAAGAGGGUCUCACAUUGGCCGCUACAUGGACUAUCGGUGAAUAUGCCGAUAGCUUACUGCAGGGUGGUCAGUACGAAGAAGAGGAAUUAGUCAAGGAGGUCCGAGAGAGUGAUCUCGUCGAUGUCUUUACCAACAUUUUGAACAGCACAUAUGCCACUCAAAUUGCUGUUGAAUAUAUCAUUACUGCGGCCAUGAAGCUUACAGUGCGCAUGUCUGAUCCUGCUCAAAUCGAACGUUUGCGCCGCCUUCUCUCCAGCCGGACCGCAGACUUGAGUGUUGAGAUCCAACAGCGUGCCGUUGAGUAUACCAAUCUUUUCGGCUAUGACCAAAUUCGCCGUGGUGUUCUCGAACGGAUGCCCGCACCCGAGAUUAGAGAGGAGCAACGCGUCCUGGGCGCGCCUGCCGCCAAAAAGCGCCAAAGCAAAGUUCUCCGCAGCAAAGCGACCACCAAAACCGCCAAACCAGCGGAACACGACCUGCUCCUUGACUUGGUCGGCGGCGACGCCCCCGUUACAAGCCCGACCUCGAACGGAUCGAACACCGCCGAUCUGCUGGCAGACAUCCUCGGUGGAGACUCAGGCUUGUCAUCGCCUGCGCCGGGUCCUAGUGCCCAGCAGAAUCCAAACAGCGCCAUCAUGGACCUGUUCGGCUCAAAUGGCCCAUCGCCAUCUCCACAGCCAGCUCAGCAAUCAUCCGCAUCAAUGGAUCUGCUAGGCGGAGGAAUGGGCGCCUCUGCACCAUCGCCAUCUGCUUCACCCGCUCCCCCCGCCGCUUCAACUCCCGCGCACACUGCUCUGAACAAAGACGGUCUUAUCCUUACUUUGCAACUCCAGCGUAGCGGUCCCAAUGCCCAGAUCAUGGCUCGUUUCCGUAACGAAUCCAACUUUGACCACUUCACCAGCGUCGGUCUGCAGGCUGCUGUGCCCAAGAGCCAGCGCUUGCAGCUGAGUGCAAUCAGCAAGGCUGAGCUGGAGGCUGGCGACGAGGGCACACAAUCAAUGCGCGUGACCGCUCUGAAUGGGGCCCUCCCUGCCAAACUCCGUCUUCGUCUUCGUGUCAGUUACGCUCGGGAUGGUGGAGACCCUGUCACCGAGCAGGUGGAUUGGUCCGAGCCAUAG